AUGAAAACUGCAUCCUGGUCAGAUACAGAGCAGAAUCGUCCAGAAACACCAGAGAGAUUUCAGUGCUGGGAACAGGUAUUAAGCAGUCGGAGUUUUUCCUCGGGGCGACAUUACUGGGAAGUGGAUGUCAGUGAGGGAGAAAUUGUGAAGUCGGGAUGUGUUAUCCCAGUAUAG